CAGUAGAAGACAUGACAGCUAUACCUUUGGUGUAGGCCUAACGCUUUAACUUUUGAAGUUUAAAGUACAAUUACCUUUGUAAUACAAAAUACAUCUCUUCCAAGUGUGUUUGCCUGAGGCUCGGCGCAGGCGCUCUGGGCUGCUCGCUGUCACUAAAACAAUUUUCUUCACAUUGGAAACUGUCACAAGUGACGUCAAUCACGGGGCUCUGACCAAUUAGAAGGCGGGGUGAUUGUUUAGCGCCACGGGCUGCAGCGCCUACCAUGAAUCUCUAUUCACUAUCAAAGUGUCCUGCUGCUGCCGUCCAACCGAAUGCGAUUCCAUGCAGCCACUUUAGAACUUAGAACAGUUUUUUUUCCCUUCUAUACUUUAGUUUUUUUAAAAAUAUAUUUUAGUUUUUUUUUCCUUCUAUAUUUUAGUUUUUUUCCCCCCCUGUAUUUUUCAUUGCGAUUAAAAUAUAUUUGUCAUCAUCAUUAUUAUUUUUGCCUGCUGUCAAGUUAUUCUAGAAUUAGAAGUAAUGAGCAUGGAUGUUUUGGGAAGCCCUGUGAUGGACCCUACGAUUUCCAAACGGAACACGGCACUGAGAUUAGUUGACUUGGCAGGGGCGCACCACCAUCACCAUCAUCACCACCAUACCCCUCAGAGCGUGACAGGCUUCCCGGGGUUCAGCAGCCAUCCACACUCAAUGGCUCACUCGCACCCUGGGGAGAUUACUGCGGAACCCCGCCUGGGGCCGAGUCCAUUCGGGCCAGAACACAUGGGGCACUCCGCGGCCCUCAAAAUCAGCCCAGCCCAUCAUUACCCACACCACCAUCACCACCACAAUCAUCAUAUGGCAGGCCACAGUGAAGUGGUCUCCAGUCAUACGGGAGCUUUUGGCCCGGUGCAGGCGGCUCCAGUCCCCUAUUCUAUGUCCCACACGGCCCAGGCGUUAUCCGCAGCCGCCGGUAGGGAUUUCCUCAUUCGGAGAGAUAUGACGGCUCAAGCCAUGCCGGUACUGACCGACCAGAGCCCCGGUUCAACCUCUCAUCACGGAAUGUUUGUCUCAACAACAGGUAGCAGCUAUCCGGGACACUACGGUCAUCACCCUGAUGCUGGUAGCCAUGCCCUCUUCUCCGGACUCCACCAUGAGCAGUCAUCUACUGGAGCACCAGGUGGCCAAGCCAUGAAUGGACAAAUACGGUUAGGAAUACCUAGCGAAAUGUACGUUAGGUCUGAUCACUUGAGUCAAGUGGCGAGCUCCAGGGCUGAUCCGUUCUCCGCCUCGACAUUACAUGGCUACGGUGGUCUGAACCAUCUGAACAUGAACCUUAGCGCCCAUCAUCACGGAGCCGGUGCAUUCUUCCGCUACAUGAGGCAGCCGAUAAAACAAGAAUUAAUCUGCAAGUGGCACGAACCGGAACACUCGACGAAAAAACUCUGCUCCAAAACUUACGGCACGAUGCACGAGCUGGUAAUGCAUGUGACGGUUGAUCACGUCGGUGGACCGGAGAUGGCAAACCAUAUAUGCUUCUGGGAAGAGUGUCCCAGAGAAGGAAAACCAUUUAAAGCCAAAUACAAACUUGUAAAUCAUAUCAGAGUACACACCGGAGAGAAACCAUUUCCAUGUCCCUUCCCCGGAUGUGGAAAAGUAUUUGCCCGAUCGGAGAACCUGAAGAUCCACAAGAGAACUCAUACCGGUGAGAAACCCUUCAAAUGUGAGUUUGACGGCUGUGACCGACGUUUCGCCAACAGCAGUGACCGGAAGAAGCACUCCCACGUGCACACCAGCGAUAAGCCGUACAACUGCAAAGUGAGAGGCUGUGAUAAAUCCUACACACACCCCAGCUCUCUCAGAAAACACAUGAAAGUGCACUGCAAGUCUCCACCACCAAGUUCUGGCUACGAGUCUUCAACUCCGUCGUUAGUGUCUCCAUCAUCGGACUUAGGCCGAGAGCCAGGAGCCUCGUCGCUCUCAGAACCAACACCCUCGUCCCAACCCGCCAAUUUAAGUGAGUGGUACGUCUGUCAUAGUUCUGGUGCGAGCGGAACUCAGACACCUCCCAGCGGCUCCUCCAGCCCUGAUCCCGGGGAUGAGACGCCCUACAGACACCCGGAACCAAGAGACGCUUUCUAACCAAAACUGGCCCAGAAAAUAAUUCUAAAAGAUAUUAAACAUAUUUUCUAAUAUACCCGCGGAUUUACAAAAUUAACACAUCGGAAAGGUCUGUUUUCUAAGGCCCACAUCAUUCAAUGUACUGUCUGGCAAAUCGGACAAAUAAGACACUGCCAAAUGUAUCUUGUAAUAGCGCUCUUCUAUCUCAAUGUGUUUGGAAAAAAAUAUGUAUUAUUCUCGUACCAGGUUAUUGUGCGCAUGUAUCUUGCUGUAUUAUUUUGUAAAUCGAGUUUUGACUUCAAUAUCUUUUUAAUUUAUUUUUUUUAAUCUGACAUGAGCAUUUUUGUAUUAUCGAACCAAAGUGUUUCAAUAUAAAAAAAUGAAUAAAAAUGUAUUAAAAAAAAAAUUACAUUUGUAAAUUGAUACGUUUCGAUGUGUAUGUAGGUGGUAAUAGUCAUUUUGUAAGCUUUGGUAUUUCAGCUAUUUUUUUUUAUUGUUUGCUACACUUAUUUGUAUAAAUAAAAUAAUUGAAACGUUUGGAGUUUCAUGCAAGACAUAUUGUCUCUAUUUGUGAUGUUCUAUUCUAUUGACUGAAUCGUUUUCAUAUAGUCUAUUUGAUAUUAUUACAUUCAAUUCAUAAAUGUUUGGUCAACGUGGGCAUUUUGUGAUUUUGUAAUUCUCGUCAAUAUUUGUUAGUAAUGUAUUUUUAUGAAAACGUGAUCCUAUCGAGAUCCUGCCUUGUAAUUUGUCAGUAUUUUGAAUAAAUCGUGUAUAAUAAAAAAAAAUUGAAUUAUC